ACAAGGAGGCUCAAGCUGGGCGAUCACAGAGAGCUCAAGAUUACUGACUCAUCGGGUUCUCACACAAGGAGCUGGAUUAGUCUGCAUGAAAAUCUCACAUGCCAAAACAUCCAACAACACUGAUGCUACUUAGCUCUUGUCACCAUGGUGAUGUUACUUCGUGCUAGGUGUUUUCACCGCCUAGCAAUUCCUGAUCUUAUGAGAAUCUUAUAUAAAGAUUACAGAACAGCGAGCCCUCAGAACUUUUCCAACUAUGAGUCCAUGAAACAGGACUUCAAAAUAGAGAUACCAGAGUAUUUCAAUUUUGCAAAAGAUGUCCUGGACCAAUGGACCAUUAUGGAAAAGGCUGGAAGGAGACUUCCCAAUCCAGCCUUCUGGUGGAUAGAUGGCAGUGGAGAAGAGGUUAGGUGGAGUUUUGAAGAACUCGGGUCUUUAUCCAGGAAAUUUGCCAACAUACUCACAGAAGCCUGUUCCCUGCAAAGAGGAGACAGAGUAAUGGUGAUUUUGCCCAAGAUCCCAGAGUGGUGGCUUGCAAAUGUGGCCUGUCUUCGAACAGGGACUGUUUUAAUUCCAGGAACCACUCAGCUGACCUCAAAAGACAUCCUCUAUAGACUACAAUCUUCAAAAGCAAAGUGCAUUAUUACUGAUGAUGCUUUGGCUCCAGCAGUAGAUACUGUGGCAGCUAAAUGUGAAAAUCUCCACUCCAAAUUAAUUGUCUCUCAGCACUCAAGAGAAGGUUGGGGGAACCUCAAGGAGAUGAUAAAAUAUGCCAGUGACCGCCACACCUGUGUGGACACAAAACACAACGAGAUGAUGGCCAUCUACUUCACCAGUGGGACAACUGGGCCUCCUAAGAUGAUUGGACACACCCACAGCAGUUUUGGUUUAGGACUGUCUGUCAAUGGAAGGUUCUGGCUAGAUUUGAUAGCCUCUGACGUGAUGUGGAAUACUUCAGAUACAGGCUGGGCAAAGUCUGCAUGGAGUAGUGUUUUUUCUCCAUGGACCCAAGGAGCAUGUGUUUUUGCACACUAUUUGCCCCGUUUUGAAUCAGCUUCCAUCUUGCAAACCCUUUCCCAGUUCCCCAUCUCCGUUUUCUGUUCUGCACCAACUGCCUACCGGAUGCUUGUACAGAAUGACCUAAACAGCUAUAAGUUCAACAGUCUGAAGCACUGUGUGAGUGCUGGGGAACCCAUCAACCCUGAAGUGAUGGAACAAUGGAGAAAGAAGACGGGCCUAGACAUCUACGAAGGAUAUGGACAGACAGAAACGGUGCUGAUCUGUGGAAAUUUCAAGGGGAUGAAAAUUAAGCCUGGCUCAAUGGGAAAGCCUUCUCCUGCUUUCGAUGUGAAGAUUUUAGAUGAAAAUGGUGCUAUUCUUCCUCCUGGACAAGAAGGGGAUAUUGCUCUUCAAGUCCUUCCUGAUCGACCAUUUGGCCUUUUUACUCAUUAUGUUGAUAAUCCUUCUAAAACAGUUUCAACUCUACGAGGGAAUUUCUACAUUACAGGGGACAGAGGAUAUAUGGAUGAGGAUGGCUAUUUCUGGUUUGUGGCAAGAUCAGAUGAUAUCAUAUUAUCUUCUGGUUACCGAAUUGGACCAUUUGAGGUAGAAAGUGCCCUCAUAGAACAUCCUUCCAUUGCAGAGUCAGCUGUUGUCAGCAGCCCGGACCCCAUCAGAGGAGAGGUAGUAAAGGCUUUUAUUGUCUUGAAUCCUGAUUACAAGUCCCAUGAUCAAGAGCAACUGAAAAAGGAGAUUCAGGAGCAUGUGAAAAAGACUACAGCACCUUACAAAUACCCCAGAAAGGUAGAAUUUAUUGAAGAGCUGCCAAAGACUGUCAGUGGGAAGGUCAAAAGAAAUGAACUGAGGAAAAAGGAAUGGACAACAAUUUAAACUCAU